UCCGUCGCAGCAGUGCGCAGCCCAUACACGCAGACACAACGCCGUCAGCCCAGCGCGCCGGAUCUUCAGCAUCGACAUUGUCGCAGUCGACCUGACGACGAUCCUCGCCUUGACGGUGCUGCUGCGGCCAGCAUCAUCGCGUCAGAGCUCCCGCGCUCCCAACCAACCCGUUCGUCAGCCUCGAGCUCCGGGAAUACCCCACCAAAGCAGCCCGCCGUCUCGAAUUUCCAACCAAAAAAACUCCCAAUCCCACCCCUCCCUUCUCUCUUCCUGCUGUUCUCUGCUCGCUACGACCGGACUCUGUUCCUUCGCCCUGAGAUCCGAUCAAUUGUGGCUCUCUGUCUCUUCUUCGCCGUCUUCUCGCUGUAAUUUUCUCCCGCGCAGACCAUGGCGAACACCAUCGUUGUGCCCAAGGUCGAGCCGACCGCUGGCAACAUCGAGCUCAAAGACAACACCGUCAUAGUCGUCCUGGGAGCAUCCGGAGAUCUCGCCAAGAAGAAGACGUUCCCGGCACUCUUCGGCCUCUAUCGCAACAACUUCCUCCCCAAAGAUGUCAAGAUCGUCGGCUACGCGCGGACGAAGAUGGACCACGCAGAGUACCUGAAGCGGGUCAAGUCGAACAUCAAGACACCCACCAAGGAGAUGGAGGAGCAGCUGGGCAAGUUCACCGACAUCUGCACGUACAUCUCCGGCCAGUACGACCAGGACGAGUCGUUCGUCAACCUAAGAAAGCACCUCGAGGAGCUGGAGAACGGCCGCAAGGAGACCAACCGCGUCUUCUACAUGGCCCUGCCCCCAAGCGUCUUCAUUCCAGUGUCGCAGCAUCUGAAGAAGAUCUGCUACCCCACCAAUGGCAUCACCAGAAUCAUUGUUGAGAAGCCGUUCGGCAAGGAUCUGCCGAGCUCGCGCGAACUUCAGCGCGCCCUCGCACCAGACUGGAAGGAAGAGGAGAUCUUCCGCAUCGACCACUACCUGGGCAAGGAGAUGGUGAAGAACCUGCUCAUCUUGCGGUUUGGCAACUCCUUCUUCGGCGCCACCUGGAACCGAAAUCACAUCGACAAUGUCCAGAUCACAUUCAAGGAGCCCUUCGGCACUGAAGGUCGUGGCGGAUAUUUUGACGAGUUCGGCAUCAUCCGCGAUGUCAUGCAGAACCACCUGCUGCAGAUCCUCACCCUGCUCGCCAUGGAGCGGCCUAUCUCUUUCGAUGCGGAGGACAUUCGUGACGAGAAGGUGCGCGUGUUGCGGGCCAUGCCAGCAAUCGAGCCCAAGAACGUCAUCAUAGGCCAGUACGGAAAGUCCCUGGACGGCAGCAAGCCGGGCUACAAAGACGACGACUCUGUGCCCAAGGACUCGAGGUGUCCCACCUUCGCCGCCAUGGUCGCCUACAUCAAAAACGAGCGGUGGGACGGCGUGCCCUUCAUUCUGAAGGCCGGAAAAGCCCUCAACGAGCAGAAGACGGAGAUUCGCGUUCAGUUCAAGGACGUCACGUCCGGCAUCUUCAAGGACAUCCCCCGUAACGAGCUGGUGAUCCGAGUCCAGCCAAACGAGUCGGUCUAUAUCAAGAUGAACUCGAAGCUGCCGGGCUUGUCCAUGCAGACCGUCGUCACAGAACUUGAUCUGACUUACCGGAGACGGUUCUCGGACCUAAAGAUCCCAGAGGCAUACGAGUCGCUGAUCCUGGAUGCGCUCAAGGGCGAUCACUCGAACUUCGUGCGCGACGACGAGCUGGAUGCCUCGUGGAGAAUCUUCACGCCGCUGCUGCACUAUCUGGACGACAACAAGGAGAUCGUCCCCAUGGAAUACCCAUACGGUUCUCGCGGCCCCGCUGUCCUUGACGACUUCACCGCCUCCUAUGGCUACAAAUUCAGCGAUGCAGCAGGCUAUCAAUGGCCGAUGCACGACGGUACGGCUGGCCCCAACAAGCUCUAAAUCCGCAUCGCGAGGCAACCGCGUCCAGGAAGAAUCUGAACCGCUUGUCAAACGUGUGCGAACUCGUGCUUGGUGCUCUUACAGGCCAACAUGUGUAACAUUCGUAAACAUUUCCUUUCGAGCCCCACUACCAUCAUCAAUAUCUUCCAAACACCCCCGGCCCCUUUUUUGCCUACGGUAGCGCGAUAUAGAAAGAGAGUGUGUGACGCCAUUAAGUGCGACGGUUUUUUUUUCCUUUUCAAAAGAAAAAACCCGACACGUUUACAUGCAUAUGAUUUAAGCUGAGCAAAGGCUUCUUGACUGCUUUGCGACGCAGCGCGGGGAUUCGAAGAUGGGGGAUACAGGGGCCAAAAGGGAUUUGUGUUGUCUGAUUUCUUCAUGGGUCGAUUUGGUUCUUGUCCAAGGCAACAAAAGGAAUGUGGGUGAAUAGACGAAAUCUCGACGCUCUUCGCUGACCAAACUGGUUGAACCUUUUUUUUUUUCAUUCAAACUCUAUCACUGUGUCUUGAUUUUAUCUGCAAUCCGAUUAUGAUGCUGGAAACGCUUGAUGUCUUGCCCCGCCCUAAGAUGGCGAGAUGGAUCGCAUAGUUGACCGUACCUGUUUCUUUUUUUU